AUUUUAUUUUUUUUAAAAAAUGUUAUUUUGUACUAAUCAUGGUCCCAAAUUGCUAACAUAUGUGGUUCCUAUUCACUAAUCAUACGGAGUAAAUUGACAUGUGCUGAUAUUUAUUUGGUAAAUCAAAUAAAUAAAGGUCAAGAAAUUCUAAAAAAACAUCCCUUCAUUUCCUUAGCACAAACAUUCAGUAAAAUAAGUAAUCAAUCUGCACACAAAAGGAUGCUGCCCAGUAUAGAACAAUUCUUCACAAUUCUUCCACUCAUCUUGUUCUUAUACUUCCUAUACAAAUGGCUUCACACAAAAUCUUCUCUCGGAAAAAGCCUACCUCCUUCUCCGCCAAGGAUUCCGAUUAUAGGCAACCUUCAUCAGCUAGGAAAUUACCCCUACCGCUCUCUUAAACCACUAUCUGAAAGAUAUGGGGAGCUCAUGGUUGUUUAUAUGGGGAAAGCUCCAGUCCUUAUUGUCUCCUCUGCCAAAGCAGCUCGCGAGAUCAUGAAAACCCAAGAUUCAACAUUUUGCAAUAGGCCAAUAUCUAAGUUCCGUAACAAGCUUCUCUACAAUGGCAAGGACGUGGCAGCAGCUCAGUAUGGUGAGAAUUGGAGGCUGAUGAAGAGUAUAUGUGUGCUUCAGCUAUUAAGUAACACAAGGGUGCGAUCUUUUCGAAGAGUUAGGGAGGAAGAGAUGGCACUUCUAAUGGAAAAGAUUGAGAAAUCAUCAUCUUCAGUAGUGAAUUUGAGUGAGAUGUUUAUGACUUUAACAAAUGAUGUGGUAUGCAGGGUAGCCUUUGGAAGGAAAUACAGUAAAGAUAUUAACUUCAUGAAACUCUUAAGGGAGUAUCUAGAAUUGCUGGGUAGUUUUAGAGUUGGAGAUUUUAUUCCGUGUUUGGCUUGGACUAAUUGGCUUAGUGGGUCGGAUGCAAAGGUGGACAGAGUUGUUAAAGAGUUUGAUAACUUUCUUGAGCAGGUUGUUAAAGAGCACCAGGAUCGUCAAGGAGACAGCAGAAAGGGUGAAGAUAGCCAAAAUGAUGAAAUGGCUAAGGACUUUGUAGAUGUUUUACUUGAUGUUCAGAAAGAAAACACAGCUGGGUUUGCCAUUGACAGAGAUAGCAUCAAAGGUGUUAUACUGGAUAUAUUUUCUGGUGGAACUGAUACAACAGCCACAGUCCUAGAAUGGGCAAUGACAGAGUUACUAAGGCAUCCCUUAGAAAUAAGUAAACUGCAAAGAGAAGUCAGAGGAAUUACCGGAGAAAAAGCAUAUGUUAAUGAAGAUGAUUUGGGGCAGAUGAAAUACUUAAAAGCAGUGAUCAAGGAGACCCUUCGACUACAUCCUCCGAUUCCUUUCCUGUCAAAAAGAAGAUCAAUACACGACACAAAGAUUAACGGGUAUGAUAUUCCAGCAGGUAUCACAGUCUUGACCAAUGCUUGGGUAAUCCACAGAGAUCCCGCUUCUUGGGAUGAACCUGAAAGGUUCAAUCCAGAGAGGUUCUUAGAUUCCACAACAGAUUUUAAAGGGCAAGACUUCGACUUGAUUCCAUUUGGAUCAGGAAGAAGGAUUUGCCCAGGAAUUACGUUUUCCAUUGCUAAUAAUGAACUUGUAUUAGCAAACCUCAUGCAUAAAUUCAACUGGAUUCUACCUGGUGGAGCAGAUGGUGAAACUUUAGACAUGAGUGAAUGCAUAGGCCUAACCGCCCAUCAGAAGAUUCCUCUACUUGCUACUGCAACACCUGUGAUUGAAGGUAACUGAAGGUCUUAUUGGUGCUUUACUUAUAGAAAUAAAACAACUAUAAAUAGCAGCCAGAAGAUGCUUCAUGGCUCAUCAGUACUAAUAACCUUGACUAAGACGAGCAUGUACUACCUGUCUACUACUCUACUGGUACUAUCUACUGUAUGGACUAUGCAAUUUUUAUUGUUAUUAGAGUUGCAAUGCAAAUACUUUGUAAAUAAACAAUAUAUAGAAGGUAUAAAAGUGUCUCAAAUAUACACGAAGGGAAUGACUCUAUAGAAGAAGACUUGGAGCAUGUGAAAUACCUGAAAC